AUGAUCGGCGAGUUGGAAACUCCUCUUGUUAUAGGAAAAGCGAGAAAACCGAGAUGUUUAAAAAACACUGAUGUAGAUAAACUUAGGGUGUCCUGGAAAUCAAAUAAGAAAGCGUGGAUGACGACUGAAAUAAUGAAAGAUUGGAUAGUGGAUUUGGAUAAAAGGAUGAAGAAAGCUAGAAAAAUAAUUCUCUUUCUGGAUAACACUACAUCUCAUCCUGAUGACUUAAAAUUGCAAAAUGCUAAGUUAGAAUUUUUGCCACCGAACACCACCUCUGUAUUACAAACCUUGGAUCUUCGGAGUUUUAAAGUAGGUUACAGAAAACUUUUACUUAGGCACUCAUGUAAAUCUAGUGAAGAAUUAACAAAAUCUGUAACAGUUUUGGAUGCUGUUUCGUGGAUCACGUCAGCUCGCAAAAAAUUGGAACCUGGGAGCGUUUCAAAAUGUUUUAAAAAGGCAAGAUUUUCGUUUAGGAGUAAAAUGAUACCUAAAAGUGCAUUAGGAUGA